AUGGGCUUCACUGACCCUUUCGCCGGAAAGCUUGCGGACUCGUCGGUAUCCGCUGGGUCUGCAGGCUCCGUCGCUGGCGUCAAGAUGGAUCCGUCCGUGAGCAAGCACCACACGAGUCCGUUCCCGCCGCUGCAGUUGUCGCCGACCACCGCCGCGGAGAUGGAGAACCUGGCGCAGAAGCUGGUAGCUCGUAACAUCGGUAUGUACGAGGGCUUCCUCAUUGACAGCCAAGGCAAGGUGGACGAAAGCCAAUGGAAGUUCGUCUCGUCCAAGGACGAUCUGCGGGCCUACGCGGAGCUGCCGCGCGCGUCGGAAUCGCAGAGCGCGUAUCAACUGGAGACGCCGGCGGCGGAUCUACCUGUUGUCAUGAUCACCGGAAGCAUCGUGGGCGAUCUCGACGAUGUAAUGUACGGCGUCACUUGCCCUACCACGGAGCAGAUGCGCGUCAAGACGUCCUACAUCCACGACGACAUCCCCAGUAGCUGCGUGCUUGCAAACCUCGUGAGCCCCACCUCGGAAAAUCCCUUCAACGCUGUGACGAUCAAGUGGGUAGAGGUUCUCGUGCCGCUGGCAGUUCGACCAGUGGUCAAACAUCGCGACUUCGUCUACAUGGAGACAACAGGAAUUGAGAGGCUACGCAAUGGCGAGCGCGUAGGGUAUCACAUUGUGCACUCGCGAACCACGAACAUGACGGACGUUUACAUUAAGGGCUUCUUCAAUCCUGCGGGAGGCAUCAUGCGCACCAUUGUGAUCCGAUCAGCAGCUCGGAUACUGCUGUCCGUGGCCAAAGAUGUAUAUUGCGCGCAAAUGAAGAAGCUGGUGUGGGCGCUUCGACAGCGCUACAAUGGCGAGACGUCGUCUUCGAGCUCCGAAUGCACCACGGACAGCUCAGCUGGGGACUCUACGCUAGACGACAAGUGCUGCUCCGGCUGCGGCAAGAAGCAGUCGGUGUUUGUCCAGGCCGCAAGUCGCACGAACCGCGGCUCCAAGAUGCUGCAGAAGAGGAGGCACUGCAAAAUCUGCAUGCGCUACAUGUGCCUGGACUGCCGGAGGCAGCACCAGCUCACGUUCGUCCUCCCCGACCAACGACUCAAGCAGCGGCUUGUCACGAUUUGCCGGAACUGUGAAGUCGAGGCUCUGUCUGAAAGCGCGAUGGCUAUCGCUCGUGACGAUCUACUGCAGAGGAACCAAAUGCAGCGUUGGGAUGGAGACGACGUUUUCAACACGGCCAUCUCGACAGCGAGUAGUUAG